AUGAUGAUCCCCAGCGUGCUCGCGCCUCCAGCCUUCUACCCGGGGCUGUACCGACCCUCCCCGGGUCUGCCCCCCCUCCACCACCACACCCUGCCCUCCAGCUUCCAGACCCACUCCAGCUUCCUGGUGGAGGACCUGCUGCGCAUGAGCCACCCAGCAGCCUUCAUCACCCGGACUGCUCCUCCUCCUCCUCCACACAGCGCCUCCCUGCCCACCAACACCUGCACCUCCACCUUGUCCUCGUCCUACUCCACCAACACCUCCACCUUGUCCUCGUCCUACUCCUCCAAAACCUCGCUGCCCAACAGCAAGGACCCAACUUUUCUCAAGUUUGGAGUGAGCGCCAUCCUCGCACCUUCACCAAAGAGCGCCUCCUCACACCCUGCUCUCCACCACCUGCACUCCAAGAGCUUCCCGUUCCCCUGCUUCGACGGGAGCUUCCACCCCAUCUUCAGGACGCCUUAUCUCCCAGCAUCUUCAUCCGUUGUUCCCAUUCCCGGGACCUUCUCAUGGCCUCUGGCCGCCAGAGGGAAACCCCGCAGAGGGAUGCUGAGGAGGGCGGUGUUCUCCGACGUGCAGCGCAAGGCCUUGGAGAAGAUGUUCCAGAAACAGAAAUACAUCAGCAAGCCCGACAGGAAGAAGCUGGCGUCCAAACUGGGCCUAAAAGACUCACAGGUGAAGAUCUGGUUCCAGAACCGGCGGAUGAAGUGGAGGAACUCUAAGGAGCGGGAGCUACUCUCCUCGGGGGGCUGCCGCGAGCAGACGCUGCCCACCAAGGCGAACCCCCACCCGGACCUGAGCGACGUGGGCAAGAAGUCCUCCGCCGAGGAAGAGGAGGAGGAGGAGGAAGAGGAGUUUGUAAGAGAGAGAGUGAGGUCGGCGGGGUCCAGCGUCUCCUCUCCGUCUCUGUCCAGUAAGCACUCAGACUUCUCAGAGUCAGACGAAGAGGAAAUAACAGUAUCUUAA